AGCCCUAACUGGAAACAGUAUUCUACCCCUGAGUUCUCCUUGUGUGCUGUCUGCCUUUCCUGAUUGCCUGUCUUUGGGAUCUCCACUGAGAAUUCUGGGUGCAGGCAGCAGGGCUCUUACCAUGGCUUCCUGGAAAGUCUGUAUGCUUGGCCUUCUUCUGGUCCUGCUCUGUUCAUUCCAGCUUCCUAGAACCCAGGGUCAGCAACACAAUCACCACAGCGAUGUAGAAUACCAUGGAAAUGAACAUCAUCAUCCCAAAGAGCAUCACCAUGAUGCACACCAUUAUCAACAUACCAAAGAUGAUGGUGCUGAUGAUGGCCAUGCUCACCAUCAUGCUGCUCAGUAUGCUGGACAUUACGAAGGAAGUCAUCAUUCUCAACAUGAUGAUGAUGAUGAUAAUGAAGAGGAACACCAUCAUCCUCAUAGUACAGAUGAUCACAUUGACCAUCACCACCAUGAUGAGAGUAAUGAUGAUGAUGAUGAUGACAGCCAGAGUAAGCACCAUCAUGAUAAACAUCAUGGAGAUCAACAUGAUGAUGAUGAUGAUGACCAUUAUCAUCAGGGACAUCAUGAAGACCACCAUCACCAUCACAGUGACAAAGAGAGACACCAUCAUGGAGACCAUCAGCAUCAAGAAGACAAUGAUGAUGAAGAUGAUGAUGGUAGUGGUGCUGAACACCAGCACCACUACCAUCAUCAAAUGCAUGAUGAUGAUGAUGAUGAUGAUGAUGAUGAUGAUGAUGAUGAUGAUGAUAAAGAUGAUGAUGACAGUCAGUCGCAUCAUGACUAUCACAGCCACCACCACCACCAUAAAGGUAAUGACAGUGAUGACAAUAAUGAUAAUGAAGACCAACACCACAAUUAUAGACAUCAUGGAGAUCAUGACAAUGAUGAUGAUGAUGAUGGUGAUGAUGAUGAUGACAACGAUGAUGAUGAUGACAAUGAUGAUGAUGAUGACAAUGAUGACGAUGACAACAAUGAUGAUGUUCGUCAUCAUCAACGCCAUCACCAAAAGCAUGCUGCUGUUAAUGAUGAUGAUAAGCAUCACCAUCCCCAUAAAGAAAAAGAAGAAGAAAAAGAAGAAGAAGAAGAAGAAGAAGAAGAAGAAGAAGAAGAAGAAGAAGAAGAAGAAGAAGAAGAAGAAGAAGAAGAAGAAGAAAGCAAUGAUAGUAACGAAGAUGAGGAUGAUGAAGAUACAGCUCACAAAUCUACUCACAAAAGUGGUUAUCAUCACCAUAGGAAACAUGAUGAUGAAGAAGAGUCUGAUGAAGUACCUUCAAAGGAGAAGGAUAAGCAUAAGUAUGAACGACACAGACAAAAGCGUCAUAAACAUGAGAUCCAUGAAAAAGCCAAAAAGCACCAUGGAGAGGAAAAAGAUGAGGAUGAGGAUGAGGAUGAAGAGGAAGAGGAAGAAGGUGAAGACAAUGAGUAUGAAGCAGGUUCUGUUUGCCACUACUGUGCCUUCUGCAAGCAUUGUGGGGAGUGUGACAAGUGCCCUUGUAAAGAUGGGGACAGCAGUGACUACUGCGUGAGCUGCCAGUAUUGUCAUUUCUGCUACAUUUGUCCUGUCUGCGAGACAGCCUGUGCACCAGGAAGUAUCGUAGAUGAAUUAUCUGGAGCCUUAUUUCAGACAAUCGCUACCAUAUUUGAGCAGCAGGAACACUGAAGCGCCCUCUGCCGGAUAAGCCAAAAUUAGGAGAGAUGAUGACACUGACUUAGAGCCAAACUGUAAACAAGGGCAAAUAUAUGGCUGUUCUUUUCAGCAAUGUUUUCCUCUUCCUCAUCUUUGCAAAAAGCUUCCUAAGAUUGCUUUUGUCCUUUGAAGGAAAAAAGCAAAAAAAAGCAAAAAAAAAGGUGGUAGCAAAGCAACUUAAGAUCUGAUACCAAGUGAGCAAUAAAAGGAGAUCUGUAACAAACCAUCUACACCACUCAUUUGUUUGCUCCCAAAAUCUACCUUUUGAAAUUGCUUUUGAUUAAAAUAAUAAUAAAAAAACUCUCCUACUGUGAUGAAGACUCAUAGAACUGUUGUCUUGUUGAGCAUUUGGGCUUUUAUUUGGGCAGGGAAAUUGUCCUAUACAAGCCAGGGCACGUUAAGUGAAAUGAAAUUUCAAACAAGACAUUUCACCUUGAGUUAAGGAAUACUUAUUGUCUAUUGUAUUUCCUUAGCUAUUAAAUGUUUGAGAACCUCAUCAUACCUGCAGCUUACUCCUGAGCAAUAGGUCAACGACUCGUGCUGUAGUCAUUUUCCCUCACUCAUGACCUCCAGAUUCGUUGUAGCAACUCCAAUGUCGGCUACAAGAAGAAUCAAAUCUGCCAUCUCUGAAAAGUACCAGAUAGAGGAAGUCAGUCUUAGUAAAUGAGCCAGAAUAGGAGAUGACUCAUGCUAGUGUGAAUUUGCAUCAAUGUUUGUUCCUGAAUUGUGACUCAGUUCAGUGAAAAAUAUUCUGUCUGACACUCUUAUGAAAAUUGUAUCUAUUUGAAUUGAAUCUAAGUGUGUUCAUUUUUACAGUACUUACUUAGCAUGUCAUUCUGCCCAUCGGGUCCCCAGUGUCUCAUCUGUGAUAAUUCUUUUGGCAUAGGAACAGUUUCACUUGAAACAGCCUUCAUCAAAAAUUAUAGAACUACCUAAGCCAGCUUUCUACUCUGCACAACCAUUUAAAUAUUUUAUUUAUUAUUUAUUAUUUUACAACAGUUUGUUUACUACCUAUUAGCAAUGAUUCUAAGUAGCUUACCUAAAACCACACCCUACUAAUCUCUCCUUUCCCAACUCUUUCUGGUCUGUCAGUUCUUUGGGAAACUAUUUUCAUGGCUUUCUAGAAUAACAAAAGGCAAAACUGAAAACAUAAAACUAUAUUGUACCAAGUAUGAUUUCUGUGCCUAAGAAACUCUGAACAUUUGUAGUCUUUAUGAAGAUACCAAAGAAUCUGACACAGACAGCCAUUUCCUCAUACAGCAGCUUUCAUAAACUGGGAUCUUCCCAAUAUACUGGCACUACGACACCAUGUAGAGAAGGUUGCUAUAUAUUAAGUCCUAGCACAAUUUUUUUUUCUGGAAUGCCAUCACAGCUAAACUGGCUAUAAUACUUUCAGGAACUAGGUUUCUAGUGCCAUCACUUUCAAGAUACCAGAUUCCAUUUCUUCUUGCAUAACUGUACAAAGAAAAGGCAGGGGUUGGGAAAGAUGUUGCUAUUUAAGCCACCAUUAGUAUUCUGUGCUUCAGGCAAAGUCAUGCACAAUAAGAAUGCUGAUCCAGAAGUAACCUUUUUUUUGUAGGCAUAGCCACAGGCUAUAUACCCUAUUCUACAAAUUUAUUUUUUUAAUUAAAGUAUUUUAUUCAGUCUUCUUAACUAAGUGCUAAUAAGUUAUUUUACAACCAUUAUAUAAGCCAUUUUUGCUUAUAUAUUAGUUAGGAUCCCUCACUUGACAAGUAGUACAAAUGAUGUAUCAUCUUUUCUCUUACUGCAUUAUACCAUUUUUCUGCACCUGAUGCCUUUCUUUAUUCAAAGGUAAAAGACCCACCUCUUUUAUGUCUGGCCAUUGCACUGAAUCUCAGGAAGCCAAAAUUGGAUAGAUUAAACCAAAUAGGGAACUCUAGCUGAAGACUGGAUCCCAUAGAUUCAGAGUGAGGAUAAAUCUCAACUUGGCUGACGGUAAUUAAUGAUUUGUCUCACUUGUUCAGAUGUGGAUUAAGUUUUUGAACAAGAAACACAAGAAAGAGUUUGACCAGGGGAUGUUGAUAGAAUCUACUACUUCAAGAAGUAAAACAGUGUGAACAGAAUCUGAAAACCAAUGUGCUAGAUAGACUCCAAGCUAAAAUCUGAGCUUCCUUGUGACCUCAGAUUUUGAGACUCACCUGCUUUGGCUCAAAUAAAAGUAAUCUUCUCUCUCCAUUCAAAUGAUGGAUGCACUUCUCCAGACUUUUUAAACAAUUUAUAGCCUUCACUUUGUCUAGUUUUCAUGAAGAAUAAACUUUAAAACUUGCUUCUAAA